AAAUUAGUAGAGAUUAGUUGAUUUUAGCAAAAUGAGUUGCAAGAUUGUGAUGUGUUGGUGUUGGAGGGUGAAUACUUUUUAGUUACACAUUUCAUGGCACAAUUGAUGUGUUCAAAACCCCUCGGGAUUCCAAUUGGGUGGGCCUCUCUCUCCGAUGAUCAGCUGUAGACCUAGGCUUGAUGCCAUUGCCAUAUCCCUAAAUGUAACCUCCCCUUUCCAACCCAACAUGAAAAUGAAAAAGUAAACAAUAAAGAAACACUGCCACUUCAUAUAUUUCCAAAAGCCCCUUUCCUUUCCUCUCCAAGAUAGAAAGACAGGAAAAGAAAAAAAUAAAAACUUCAAUUUUCCCUCUUCAGUCUUUGAUGCAUUUGCAGCCCAGUAAUGAAAUGAUAUAAUUGUUCAUUCCUGAUUCAUAUUUCCUGUAGCCUGUCAAAAUUCCCGUUUCACAAACAAGACUCAGAAAGAAAGAAGUAACUUUUCGUGGUUUGUUUUUUGAUGGGUUACCUUUCUUGCAAAGCAGACUCAGCAGUGUCCAUAAUCUCCACCUCCACAACCAAAGGUGUCACCAACAAGCAGGAAAAACCCAUCAAGAUCCAACAGUUCGAAUACUCUGACCUUGAAGCCGCCACCAAUGGGUUCUCCGACCAAAGGCUUCUAGGCAAAGGUAGCCACGGCUCCGUCUACAAGGCUGUUCUCAGGGGACGCCACGUUGCCAUCAAGAAACCAUCUUUAAGAAACCAAGAAACCAACCCGGAAGCUGAUAACGAGAUCGAAAUCUUGUCCAACAUUCAAAGUCCCGGGUUGGUGAAUCUUCUUGGCUUUAGUAAUGACGCUAAAGAUCGUUUAUUGGUGGUAGAAUUUAUGAGUAAUGGCACCUUAUAUGAUGUUCUUCACACUUCCUCUUCUUCAAGGCCUUUGAAUUGGGGUCGAAGAAUUCGAUUAGCCUUGCAAGUUGCCAAAGCCUUAGAGACACUUCACUCACAAAAACCCCCCAUUAUUCAUAGAGAUGUUAAAUCUGCAAAUGUGUUAAUCGAUAGGAAUUCCAAUGCCAGGUUGGGUGAUUUUGGGUUGGCACUCAGGUGUGGUGUUGAUGAUUAUAGGCUUAGAUCAACCCCUCCAGCUGGAACCAUUGGGUAUCUUGAUCCAUGUUAUGUGACCCCUGAUAAUCUUAGUACAAAAACUGAUGUUUUUAGCUUUGGGAUCUUGUUGUUAGAGAUUAUUAGUGGUAGAAAAGCUAUUGACAUUGCACAUUCACCACCUUCCAUUGUGGAUUGGGCAAUUCCUCUUAUAAAGAAAGGGAAGAUUGUUGCAGUAUAUGAUCAAAGGAUUGCACCUCCUGCGGAUCCUAUUGUUAGGAAGCAGUUGGCUGUCAUAGCAGCUAAAUGUGUGAGGUCCUGCAGGGAGCGGCGGCCGGCAAUGAAAGAGGUGGUUGGUUGGUUAACAGGGUUGAGCAAAUUGGUUCCUCUACAUCUAUGGAAUGGUUUUAACAAUCCAUGUAUGAUGGUGGAAACAAUGGGGCGUCCUGUUGAGUGUAGGAACGCCGAGGAUGCCAUGGAUGGUAAAUUUGGGAGGCAAAACUUAAGGGACUCGCGCAGAGUCUUUUCAGAUUUGGGGUUCAGAAGCAACCUGAUGGAACUAAUGGGCAUGAGCAUGAGUGGUGUUGAGGGAGAGUGUGGCUCUGACCUUGUUGGAAUUGGAACAAAAUCAGGGAGCAGCAAAAGAUAUGGUGAAGAUAAGAACGGUGGUUUCGGUUUGAGGAGGAAUCGAUCAGCCGGAGAAACUUCUCAAGGUGAUGUAUUUGCUCGAUUGCUGUAGGUGACAUUCAGUAGUAUAUCAUGAACAUUGAAAUGGUUGGCAAUGAAGCAAAGUCGAGGCUUCCAAGUUUCAGUUGCUUGCACCCCACCCCAAAUCCAUGUGUAUUUUACUUGUUGGUAACUUGUUUUUGGUGAUUUCAACCAUAUCCAAAGCUUCUUUGAAUUGUUAAAGUUGUGUUCAUUUUGUAUGUAAGAUGAGGACAUGGCUAAUGUCCAUUUCUUAGGUUGUUAAUCUUGUUUUUGCUGCAAAGCAUACAAUUGACGAAUCCAUGCAUGAUGAGGUGAUUCAAAAUA